GCUGCACCUUCUCCGGCCGGAGAGUCUCCUCCCGAGCGCGAACUUGCAAGGGUGGAGAGCGAGUGGGAGCCGACUGGCUCACUGGGCUCCUUUCCCAACGGGAUGGAUUUAGGACGUGGUGCGAGGCUGAACCAACGUCUGGCUCCUCGAAUCUGCUGCCGGGAAAGCUAAGGCGACUGAGGAUGGGACCAGCAGCGGACUGCAGAAACUGCUCCUGACUCCACAGCGGGAGGUGAAGCCCGAGGUCGCGCAUCCGAUCCAGACAUCAGGCCGCCCGAGAGGAUGAAUUCCCUCUGCGAGGAGCCUGAUCCGUGACCCUCCUCCUUUCCAUCUCGCGGAGCUGCAAAGUCUCGGGGGAAGGGAGCGGCCCCCCAGUGGAAAGAUCAAUCUACACGCUGAAAACUAAUGCCGUUUAGUUGAUGGUGCUGGGGCUUUGAUUCUCCCUCUGAGUUCCUAUCCAUUUUUCCUCCAUUGCUUUGUUUCUUACUGUAAGUUGAGAACGUCCUCCAGGGUUCAGCCAUGACUACGUCUGCCUUGCGUCGGCAGGUAAAAAACAUUGUGCACAAUUAUUCUGAGGCCGAAAUCAAGGUGCGUGAGGCCACUUCCAAUGAUCCCUGGGGGCCUCCUAGUUCCUUAAUGUCUGAGAUUGCAGACUUGACCUUCAACACAGUGGCAUUUGCAGAGGUCAUGGGUAUGAUCUGGAGGCGGCUGAAUGAUAGCGGCAAGAACUGGCGUCACGUCUACAAGGCAUUGACUCUUCUGGACUACCUCAUCAAAACAGGCUCAGAGAAAGUGGCUCAUCAGUGCCGGGAGAACUUGUACACCAUUCAGACUCUAAAGGAGUUCCAAUACAUAGACCGUGAUGGCAAGGACCAGGGCAUAAAUGUUCGGGAGAAGGUCAAGCAGGUUAUGAGCCUGCUGAAGGAUGAGGAGAGACUGAAGCAGGAGAGAACUUAUGCCCUGAAAACCAAGGAGCGGAUGUCUCUUGAGGGCAUGGGCAUCAGCAGCAGCAACAGCCAGCAGCUUUCCUAUGGACGACGAGCUUCACAGUAUGGCGAUGACUAUGGAAGGUCAAGAGGUUCUCCAUCCUCCUUCAACUCCUCUUCCUCGUCUCCUCGGUUCAGUUCUGACCUGGAACAGGCAAGACCACAGACUACAGGAGAAGAGGAGCUUCAACUGCAGCUUGCCCUGGCCAUGAGUCGAGAAGAAGCAGAGAAGCAGCCAGUUCCUCCAGCUUCCGGUAUGGAUGAAGAUUUGCAGUUACAGAUAGUGCUUACCCUGAGCAAACAGGAGCAUGAGAAGGAAGUUAGAGCAUGGCAAGGAGAAAAUUCGCUGUUACAAAAGGCACUGGAAGAGAGCAACCUGGGUACUGAGGAGGAGGACGAAAAUGAUAAGAUGAAGAAAAGCCAGUCUUCUGUGUUGGAGCUGGCAGACAUUUUUGGAUCAGCACCUGUAACUUCUACCCACACAUCAGCUGACCCAUGGGAUAUUCCAGAUUCCAAAUCGACUGUGGAAUCAACAGGAACAUCCUGGCAUCCCACUGCAGACCCCUGGGUUCCUGUGCCUUCUGUGGAUCCCCUUAGUCAGACAACAUCAUCUACUAAUCAAGCCUCUCCGGGGCCCUGGAAUCUCCCACCCAUUUCCUCUUCUGCCUCGUGCUCUGAUCCAUGGGGAAUGAAGUCCACCUCUUCAAGUCUGUCAUCUUCAGGUCCCUGGGGAAAGCCCUCCCUGUCUGCUCCAGCCACUGCAGGCACUACUUCUAUUGCUGAUCCCUGGGGAGGCUCUACUGAUAAACCUGCCACAGCUAGCAAUGCUGCUUUUGACUUGUUUGCAAAGCUACCAGAACAAGUGGAUCAGCCAGAGCAUGACAACACCCAAGCUCCAUCAUCUGUGAAAUCUAACAGUCCCGUAGAUGUGGAUCUGUUUGGGGACAUUAUUCCAAGCACCAAGGAGAACGGAGUCAAGAAUAAGGACAUUUUUGACAUUACAGGUUUAGGAGACUCUCUUCCUGAUUCCAAGAAGGACAAAAAGGAUUGCAAAACUCCAGAGACCUUUCUUGGCCCAAAUGCCUCUUGCUUGGUUAAUUUAGACUCCUUGAUCACGGCUCCCCAGAGCUUGAAAUCUCGUAAUCCAUUCUUGGCAGGUCUCAGCACGCCAUCUCCCACCAAUCCAUUCAACGCCACAGACCAGCCCAAACCAACUCUCAAUCAGAUGCGAACCAGCUCCCCAGUGCCCAGCGUAGCUAUGGGAAUGCCCAUGAACUCCAUGACCUAUAGUGCUUCCCUCCCUCUUCCGCUCAGCAGCAUCCCAUCAGCAAUGACACUCCCAGCCUCCGUGAGUGCCUUCCCUCAGGCUGGAGCAAGGCCUUUCCCAGAGCUCCCCACCAAUUUGCCUCAACCUCUUCUACCACUGUCUGGCUCAGGUCCUGCUCCACUACCUUCUCAAGGCAGUAUGAACCCUUUCCUUUGAGAAGAUGCUGUCUGCAUUGUGUAAACUCUCUUGUCCCUUCUCCAGCUGUGACGGAAAUCCUCCAAUGCCACAGUGUCAUGGGCACUGACUCGUACAUUGGGAUGAAGGACAUUUCUCCCUGGAUGCUCUUCUCCUAGAUCCUGCACAGGACAGAGACAAGCUAGCCUGACCCUCCUUGCUUGAAGAGUUAACCGAGGAACCAGCUGCUCCUUCAUGUUGAACGCUGCUCCUGGUGGUAUUACAGACAUUCUGGUCACCAACUGGCACUGCUUCGGUGGGCAUAAAGCCCACUGGAGUUCCCUAAAGAAGGGCUUUAAUUUUUGAGGGCCUCUGUUCUCAAAGGUUUUUUUUUUUUAAAUCCUGGUGCACAUGGAAAUUAAUAUAAAACAUAAAUUAACUCAUUAAGGUUGUGCCCACAGAGGGAAGGGAUGUCUUUGUAAGUUGCAUGGAAAACACAAACACUUUUGCCAAAGCUUGUAGCUACGUGGCAUGCAUGACAAGGGCACAGUCUCAUUUCUGGAGAUCAGGGCAGCCCAACAAGUAUAGUGGAGGUCCGUACAAAAGAAGAAUUCAGAUUUCUUUUGCCAGUGACACCUUCUGACUAAGAAAAACCUCUUCCUCAGCUCCAGUCACCCAGUAACACUGUGGAAAGCUCACAGUCGGCAACUAGAAGACCCAGAUUUUAUGACCAUAAAAAACCUUGCAUAAAUAUUCCUCUUGUGCAUUCUUUGUGCUGGUUGCAAAGUAUAGAGCAGAUUCUGAAACGAACUGUUGGGGACCAGUAAGGAGGAGAGAUAGGAUAUAUAUUUAUUUUAAAAAUGUGUGCAGAACAAGAUUGUAAGACUGGAUAAUCUAUGGAAACGUCUGUAUGGCUGGCAACGGGGUUGGUGAAAAAGAAUGGGGUAGCACAAAGAACUCAUCUCCAGCCCCCUGAUCACUGGAAGCCUAACCAACUUCCUACUAAUUCUUUAAUAGAAUUAAUUGAAAGAAAUUACUGAAUGUCUAUUGAAUAAUAGACCUGGCUUUUAUAAAAA